AAAUUUGAACGAGCAAUCAAAGUUCAAACCUUUUUCUCCUUCCUUGCUUCUCAAACUAACGACUACUUUUCUUUCUCAGAGAAAAAAAAACCUAGCCUUUGCAUCAAUUACUACAGACCAGAUUUCAUGGAAGAGACCCAAUUCAGAGAUUCUUAUCAAGAUCUAGAAACCCUAACUUCGACCUCGUUGCCUAUUGAUACCCGUAAAGAGGACCCGAGGAUUCAAGAUUCGAAAGAUUUUUCCAUGGCCGAGGGUGAUGUUUCUUUGGUGGAUUCAAUGCUGUGCGACUCUGGUGCAAGACUUCUGCCAACCGGGUUAACGAGAUCCACUUCCGCAGUUGAAUAUGUGAUGUUCAUCAAUGCUGGAGGGGAGGUUGUUCAUGAAGCAGACUCUAGCUUAAAAUUACUGAAAGACACUUAUUACGAGGGAGGGAAUGUCUUACGAACCAAUGAGCAAAUAACUGAUGCUGGAGAUUAUCCGUCUAUCUAUCAGUCAGCACGAUUGGGAGAUUUCUGUUAUCGGUUCAUUAAUCUUUCUCCUGGAGAGUAUUAUGUUGACCUUCAUUUCACUGAAAUUAUUAACAUAAAUGGGCCAAAAGGAAUGAGGAUGUUCAAUGUAUUUAUCCAGGAAGAAAAGGUCUUAUCAGAUUUUGACAUUUAUGCUGUUGUUGGAGCCAAUAAGCCAUUGCAAUUAGUUGACUUGAGGGUCUCUGUGAAAGAGGACAGAACACUAGUCAUAAGAUUUGAAGGGGUUAUUGGAAGCCCAGCAGUUAGUGGAAUUGGCAUAAGAAUUGCACCACCAACUGUAUCAGCAGAUCUACAUCCCGCUACACAUGAAUUUCUCAAAUGCGACAACUGUGCCACUGAGAUAGUAGUUCCUUCAGCUCAGAUGAAAUUAAUCCAAACAAAGUCUACAGCUAAAUAUGAAAAGAAGAUACAAGAGCUCACCACACAAUGCCAACUUAAGGCAAAAGAAUGCUAUGAGGCAUGGAUGUCAUUGACUACUGCCAAUGAGCAACUGGACAAUGUCAGAAUGGAACUUCACAACAUGACAUUUAAGACACUCUCUCAAGAUCAAGCCAUGGAGAAAGUAGCAGAAGAUUUGAGGAAUAUCAACAGCAAGUAUGAGCAUGACAAGAAGCGGUGGGCAGUGGCAAUCAAUGAUUUGCAGGAAAAAAUUGAGCUUAUGAAGAAAGAGCAUUUUAAACUUUCACACGAGGCACAUGAAUGUGUCGAUUCCAUUCCUGAUUUGAAUAAUAUGGUUUGCGCAGUUCAAGCUUUGGUUGCACAGUGUGAAGAUCUGAAAAUGAAGUAUAGUGAAGAGCAGGCCAAGAGGAAAAAACUCUUCAAUGAGGUUCAGGAAGCUAAAGGGAAUAUUAGAGUUUUUUGCCGCUGCCGCCCAUUAAAUAAGGGGGAGUUAGCAGCUGGGUGCACAACGGUUGUAGACUUUGACACAGCAAAGGAUGGAUGUCUUGGGAUUUUAAGUACUGCCUCCUCUAAAAAGUCUUUCAAGUUUGAUAGAGUUUACACACCAAAGGACAAUCAAGAUGAUGUGUUUGCGGAUGCUUCACCAAUGGUCAUUUCAGUGCUAGAUGGCUAUAAUGUCUGUAUAUUUGCAUAUGGACAAACAGGAACUGGGAAGACAUUUACUAUGGAGGGUACUGAAAUGAACAGGGGAGUAAAUUAUAGGACUCUUGAGCAACUGUUCCAAAUUUCCAAGGAAAGGAGUGAAAUGUUUACAUACGAUAUAUCUGUAAGUGUACUUGAAGUCUACAACGAGCAGAUUAGAGACUUAUUGGCUACGUCAUCAACAUCAAAGAAAUUGGAGAUAAAGCAAGCUUCUGAAGGGUCGCAUCACGUUCCAGGAAUUGUAGAAGCAAAAGUUACUAACAUCAAUCAAGUCUGGACUGUACUGCAGGCGGGAAGCAAUGCUAGAGCUGUUGGUAGCAAUAAUGUUAAUGAGCAUAGCAGUCGAUCCCACUGCUUGCUUUGCAUAAUGGUAAGAGCUAAGAACUUGAUGAAUGGUGAGUGCACCAAGAGCAAGCUUUGGCUUGUUGAUUUGGCUGGCAGUGAGAGGCUUGCGAAAACUGAUGUUCAAGGAGAGCGACUCAAGGAGGCUCAAAAUAUUAAUAGAUCCCUUUCAGCUCUAGGAGAUGUGAUAUCAGCUUUAGCAAAUAAAAGCAGUCACAUCCCUUACAGAAAUUCUAAGUUGACACAUCUACUUCAAGAUUCAUUAGGGGGUGACGCAAAAACUUUGAUGUUUGUGCAAAUAAGCCCUUCAGACCAGGAUUUGGGUGAGACUCUGAGCUCUUUAAAUUUUGCCACACGGGUACGUGGAGUUGAGUUGGGUCCUGCUAGGAAGCAGGUUGAUACCGGAGAAGUUCAAAAGAUGAAAGCAUCACUUGAAAAACUGAGGCAGGAAGCUCGAUCAAAAGAUGAAUCUUUAAGGAAGCUAGAAGAGACGUUGCAGAAUUUAGAGAACAAGACCAAAGGAAAAGAUCAAACCUACAAAAACCAACAAGAUAAGAUCAAAGAACUUGAAAGCCAGCUUGAGCUAAAGAUAACCAUGCACAGUCAAUCAGAGAAGCAAGUCUCACAACUUUCAGAUAGACUAAAAGGAAGAGAAGAAAUAUGCUGCUCUCUUCAACAAAAGAUCAAAGAGUUGGAGACGAAGCUUAAAGAACGUCAGCAGUCAGAGUCUGCUUCUUUCCAACAAAAGGUUAAAGAUCUUGAAACCAAACUGAAGGAUCAAGUGCAAGAGGCUGAGUGUUAUGCUGCUAUCCUCCAACACAAGAUUAAGGAACUUGAAAUAAAACUCAAGGAGCAGCAGGAACAAAACUCAGACUCCUUAUUACUACAUCGGAAGAUUAAGGAACUCGAGGACAAGUUGAAGGAGCAAGAGCAACAAUUCCGAUGUACUCAUGAUUUUAUCGAUUCGAUCAAGGCCACUCCUGUUGAAGUAAAAACAUGUGUGAGAGAUGAAUUAAUGAAUGACAUUGAGCCAUAUAUUUUAAGGAGUUCAAACUCAAUACGUCCUAUGAGUCAAGGAUCUAUGAGAGGGAAUGAUUCCACACAAGGGACAAGAAGGAAAAGAGUGUUUAAAAGUGGAGAGACUGAGAACAUUAUGAUGUCAACAGGUUUGAAUGAAAGAAAGAUUAGGAAAUCUGACCCACCUAAGAUUUCAAGAUUCACGAGAACAGCAAAGCCAGCCACUACUACCACCGCCGCUCAAGGGCCCUUUACCCACAAGAGGGUUGUAACCAAAGAUCAGGUACAAGGAGUGAAGGAGAGGGAAAACAAGAAGAAAAUCUGGUCAAGAUAGUGAUCAUAUCUUAUGUUGUCUUUUUAUGUACAUUACUUGUGUAUGCUUGCUUUAAUAGAAUAUGUUUCAUUUUGUACAAUCAAUGUGGGCCAACCGAAAUUUAUAAUCGACGUAUCAAAUUACAAGCGGAA